AUGAAGGGUGCGCAAACUUACAAGCUCAUCAGGAUCGUCGGUUUUUGUCUUGGUGUUGGUCGCGGUGGUGCGCUGGUGACGGUUAAUUUACCAUAUUUUCAAAAACCCUUUCUAUAUUUUACUCUUUCUACGAAAUCAGGAGCAUCACCACCAAAACAGACGGCGAUGAAUGCAGUGAACCUGCCGCCGCAGGUGUUGGACUGGCUUUUCAAGGUCCUACAACCAUACUACGAUGCGAGAACGACAUUCCGGGACGUGGUGUUCACAUUGAGCGAGAACACGGCACUACGGCCCAAAACGCGUGUAUUCACAGACUUUCAAGGAAGAUCUCAGCUGCUCCUGUGCUUGUACGGGAGGCUUGAAUCCGUACCCGUGCUGGUUUGGGUGCCCCUUGAGUACCCGAUAGCGGCGCCUUACCCGUUUGUUGACCUCGAGGCACUGCGCGGUGCACGCCUACGAGCCAAUUCGUACGUGGACGCAAACGGCGCUUUUUCAGUGCCGGCGCUCGAUCGGUGGGACCCGCAGGUCUCGACCGUGGGUGGGCUAGUGAGCGAAAUGGCGCGUGCUAUAACUGAAGAGCCGCCAGUAUACAUGGAUGAAGAGCUUCAAAGCCCGCCCAUCCCACCGCGUGCUGCGCUUGUCCCUACAGCCGUUCCCAAUGCUGUGGUCGACGACCUGGUGCGCCGAGUUGGCGCUUCCAGCCUGGAGGACGACAUUUCAUCACGCGCGCCGGCCCUGCCGCCCAAGCCUCCUCUGGGUGUUGCAUCUGAAAGCUCUAACACUCCUGUUGUACCUCUACCUCCCAGGCCUCCUAUGGUUGCGCCCGAGCGUUCUGUUGAAACCUCGUAUUCCUCACACUCUCUGCAGCCGCCUGCCAGCAUACCCACUUCUCCUCAUGAUACGCCACUUCCUCCCAGGCCUCCUACCAAAAACUCCUUCUCAAGCCAAGCAUAUACAGACGGCCAACUAGAUACUCAACAGACUGGAAACCCUGCUGCCAGUGUCACAACUGCCCCGGCGACGCCACAGCCAAUCCCUGACCUUAUGGGCACUGACACGGGCGCCGAGAGCAACUCCUCACAUCAUCACGCUAUAGAAGAGCUCCGUCACACUAUUGCUUCGCUCAGCGAGCAGGACCGCCAAUCAGUUCAGGAGACGCUAAAGACCCGCAUGUAUGCGGUGCAAAACGCGACAGCACAGUUCAAACACAUCAGCGAUCACGAGGCUGCUGCCCUAAAGCAGUUCAGCCAGACGCUGUGCUCCAGGCGCCAGGCUCUGCGAGAAAAUCUGGAUCAAGUCGAUCUGCAGCUACAAAAAGCGCAACAAUACAUCCAAGACUAUGGGCCGGACACAGACUUGCGCUCAAUUCUUGCUCCGGAGCCUGCAGGAGUUCAACAGCUUCGCAGUCUAGUUGCUAAGGACCAUGCCAUCACAGAUGCCAUUCAUGCCCUCACCCGCAUGCUCGGCCAAAACUCGAUCACGCUUGACAUAUUCAUAAAGAAGACUCGCUCCUUGGGCAGGGAUCAAUUCCUCGCGCGCGUGCAUAUAAACAAAAUACUGGGGCAGAUCCAACCUCGCAGUAACUAG